UUCUCCAGUACAGUCUCGUAGCAGCCUCGCGACCGUCAGGACGUACACGGCGCCGUCCGACCGCGCUUCCAAGAGUCACGAACGUUCACCACCGCGUUUUGCGUCCGGCCAGGUGCGGUCUUCCGCGUUCGCGUUCGGUACGAUCGUAAUUUCUCCGCGUCGAAGAGCGGCAGGAGCGAUUGGACGCCAGGGAGCGCCGGGCUCUUCCGGAAAAGAAAUCAUAAAGAAGGGCAGUUGAUUCUUCUCAUCCAUACGAUCGAAAUCGACAUGGCGAGACAACAGACGGUAGACCGAAACAUUCCUCAUCUGCGAGACAUUUUUAGCUUCGGCAGCAAAUGGGAGAAUGCUCGCGGGCAAGCCGAGGAGAAGGCACCUGGCCACGAUAGCGCCGUGUCAGUGGGCUCCACAUCCGGAGAGGAGGAGAGUCCGAAGAACAGCAAGAAGAAGAAGUCGCGUCGCCGCGACAACAGCAAGACGCUGACAGAGAGCGACGUGAAACACCUGGAACGGCAUCUCUCUAUGAAGAAAACUAUACGCAAAAAGAUCAUGCGUGACCUGCAGCAGGCCUUCGUCGAGGAUCCGAACGAGUUUCGCGUGGAUGACAUACCGCCUGAGCAGCUCAAGGCAGAGAUCAAUAUCCAGAGUCUAAGCUUCGGCACGCCGUCCCAGAAGCAGGGACGCACGCGUGGCAAUGCUGAGAGCACGUUCCUCGACAUGCUGCGUGGUGGUGGUCUGGAGAAAAAUGGAACGGAUGGUGACAGAGAUUCAGGACACGGUGGAUCUCCAACCAGAGAGGCGUCCAGCGCCCAGGAUACAGAUGAUGAGUCUAGCUAUGCAUACGAAGCGCCCACCGCGACGCCCACGAAGAAAAGCAGCAACUUCUGGAGACGCUUCACUAUGAAAAAUCGCAAUAAACGAUAAAUCCGCGGCAGAAAUCCCAACGCGAAGAGAGAGAAAGAGAGAGAGAGAGAGAGAGAGAGAGAGAGAGAGAGAGAGAGAGAGAGAGAGAGAGUACCGAUACUUUAUAUUCUCCGUCAUCUCGAUAAUUUUUACCAGCGUAAUUAACGAGGCAGAGCUUGCAACUGUGAUAUACAUAAAACAUAAAAACCAAUCAUCUUCACAUCUCCCUCUCCCCCAAGACAAUCCAUCCGUCGAAUUUUAAGAGGUUCCCGAAAUUCGAUCCGCAUACAAGACCGAGGACCAAGAGAUUUAAUGUACAAAUUUCGGACCAGCAUUUUUAUCAUUUGCCAUGACAUAUCAUCAGACAUAUUUAUUGCGGACUUUAAAAGGCAAUAUAUCUUUCUUAAAUUAUAAAAUAAGGAAAAUUCAGAAUAAGAAUUCAAUAAAAAUGCAAUAAAUGUGAAAAAAGCGUACGACUUUCUAUUUUGACAAACGAUACAAAUUAAUGUUAUUUUGCAUUUAAAAUAUAAUUUUUCGUAGUUCGAUUUUAAUAAACAUUUAAAUUAGUGAAUAUCGGAACGAUGAAAUAUAAUGAUUCGCAGGUUUAGCUUCAUUUUAUUACAUAAAAUGAUAUGGACUCAAGCUUCGAAAAGAAAGAGAAACGAGGGAGUAGCUAGGACAAGCUGUUUAGAUCUCUCUCGUCUGAACAAUUUCGCUCUACAUAUACUUCUUUGAAAUAUCGGAGGAACUUCUUAAAACUUUCCAAUCUAAAAUGUAACGAUCGAUGUGCCCGAUAAUAUAACUCCCAUCUUCUGACACGUACUUAAAGGCAAUGUAAAGAGUAAAAACGGAGGCAGCGAAAUACGAAUACGUGUGUAGUAUUUAAGGUAGUUAAUUUAAUUUUUCUUAAUGUGUAAGAAUGCGGCAGUUAUAGGUGAUCUGUAAUAAGCAUAAAGAGGUGCGUACAAUGUGCGCACCAGUUAGUAUUAGCUAGUCAACGAUGCUAAGACGUAUACCCGUGAGACCUGGUCGAUUUUCUUACUGGCAAAAUUUGAUAUCUCUUCUUUGUAAUGAAUUUGAAAGUGAAAUAUUUUUUAAUUACUUUUACUACCAGUUACGGAAAAAUUCAUAGCCUCAAGGCUUCUCACCUGAGAAACGCAUGUAUCAUGUAUGUAAGGAACACAUGUAUGUAAGGAACUUACUGGAUUACGUCGUUUAAGUGUGACACAUUGCAUUUUUUUUUCGCUCUAACUUAAGCUAUGUUGAUGUUUACCGAAAUCCUGUUGUUCCUACCACUUUUCGAGGUAUCUCGCUAGUAUUGUAAGUAACGUCAUCCGCGACGUCGAUAACGGUUCACGUAUUCUCAUCUAAUCUUCACUUUCUACUAUGGUAAUAAUAAUAUAAUUAUUAUUAUUCCUUUUAAUAUUAACUGCAACGCUAUAUAUUAGCUUUAAAUGUAUUAUAUUCGAAAUCCACCUUAUGUAAGAACAAUAAUA